CAGCAUUUUUACCACAAUUAAACAGUAAUUUGUACACAUGAGAACAGCAAGUGUUUGCCUUAAUUUCAUGUAAAUGUGAACAGCCACUCAAUUUAUUGUUUAAUUUUUAGUAAAACUCAAAACUAAAUUCGGUUAAACGCAACAAUAAAGUGUGCUCACGUGUUCGAAAGUGUUGCAUACUUCACGGCGCUGUUACACUAAUUCACAAACAACAAACAACGCAAAUAUUUAUGCGCGUGCGUGUGUGUGUGUGUAGAGAGGUGUCAUCGCGAACGAAAAGUCUGGAAUUAUUAUGCGCGAACAUAGCACAGUGCCGAAUGUAUUUCGCGUCGCUUGCUCGCCAAAUGUGAAUACAACAAAGCCGCAAAUUCAUAAAAAUGGUGAUGAUUCCAAGCAACAAAUACAGCAACAGCAACAGUCAGCGGAACAAACAGAACAACAGCAAAAACCGAAAAUAUUAGUUCAUACUUCAACACUGACAAAUGCAACUACGACAGCAACAACAAAACCAAACAACAACAGCAACAUCCGUGCCAACGGCACAGUCGGCGAUUUAACAAGCAAACAGCAACAACAACAACAACAAGCAUUGUCCAACGACAAUAACACAACAGCCACCAACAGCAGUAACAUAAGUAACGGUCACACACCAAAUACAAUGCAACCGUGCAACAUUGCAAAUUCCGCUAUGUUGCACAAUCAUACGUUGCAGCCGCAUAAACUCACCGCAACGGCGUCGAUUGAACGCACGAAUUUCGGUGGCAGCGUCACGCAGACUGGCCGUAGAGAGCAAUUCCAACAACAACAACAGCAACAGCAGUUGUUGCAACAACAAAAGUCGCAACAAUCACUUUAUGGCACGCUGCCGCGUUCCAUGCCAGCCGCGCUGCAACGUAACAGCAACAACAAAAACAAUCGCGAUUUGAACGGCAUCACCGCAUCCGGUGUCAUUAACACGAUUUCGGGCAGCAUCCCUUCGGCGACGGCACCGACGACGACGGCCGCGUUAGCGGCAGCAGACCGCAACGGCAGCCGAAGCAACUCUUCGCUAACGAGCGAUUUGAAUGGCGGUUACACCAGCGCUGCGCACUCGAAAUCGAAUAAAUUAAAUGGCAUUCAACCGCAGCAAAUGAAUAAGUCUCGAGAAUUUCUCGUAACGAGGCCAGGCGGCCGGAUGAGUCACCACUACCAACAACAACAGCAACGCAUGCGACAAUGUGGCAAUAACAAUGGCGUGCAACAGCAACAACAACAACACCGUUACGGUAACGGCGGCUAUUUGUGGAUACUGACACCUGUUGCCGCGAGCAUUUCAGUGGCCAUUGUGAUGGCGGCAAUCGCUGGGCCACAAUGGCUUUUCACCGAAGAAAAACUGCCAAAUGCCAACUAUAAUGGCACCGCUAAUUUUAAUAUGAUGGACGAUGGCGCUUACUUAACAAAAUACACCAAAUCUAGUUUGUGGAUUUUAUGUACUGCAUUGCAAGGAGUGGAGACAUAUAACUGCAUAAAAAUCGACUACUUCCCUAAGGAGGGUUAUCAGCCAGAUCCGCACGAUUCAACGCCAGCGAUACCAUACACCGUCACCAAGUCGUGUCCGUUCUUUCUGGCAUCGGGCGUCUUCCUUCUAAUCAGCUUCAUAGUCUUCCUUGUGCCCACCUGUUCGCAUCAGAAUAAUUUAUAUUACUUCAGUGCGGGCAUAAUGUUCAUCGUGUCGGGAUUACUAAUGCUCAUCGGAUUGAUUGCAUACAUUUCCAUACUGAAGGCGGAAAUCGGAUCGAAAUUGCGUUCGAGGUCCAGCUUGCAGCCACCACUCUUUAAGGUUACCUAUGGACAAAGUUUCUUCUUAUUCGUGAUCGGUUUCAUUACGACGGAGUUUGUGGGACUAUUGAAUAUAUUUCUAUAUAUUAGCUUACAAGAAAAUGGACACUACAAUCAUUCCGCACCUCUCCCUUUACAGCGACUGCCUUGUUUCAACAUCACCAAUCUGCAGGAAAAACUGAAAGAGAGCGAAAUUCCACAAAGCCACACCUACAAAAGCUACAAGCACUCGACAGCAGCCUCGACAGCCGUCGCACCCACAGUGCGCAAACCUCAACAAGGCCCACGGCUAAGCAGUAAUAGCCAUCAUCAGGUGCACAAUGUGUGUCUGCCGCCAACCACGGCCGAACUGGAGUUGAAUGGCAAGCUGUUGCAACACACCCACGGUUUUGUGCCCUGUCGCAAGCAUCCGAAUGCAGCGGAGGCGUUCGUCAACAAUGAUUUGGAACGCAGGUAUUAUUUCGAGAAGUCACAGCAGCCAAAGUGCAAUUUGCAUUCCAAGAACUUUGCCAAAUCUCUUAAUGAACUCUACACCGAGUCGGUGGCUGGCCUGCCGCCGCCGCCGCCAUCAGCCGUGAAAAUGGGCGGCACAUCGCAGACCUUGCCUCGCAUGCCGCUGCAGUACACACAAUUUGGCGACUUCACGCAGGACUAUCCGCUCACCCGCAGCGUCUCGACCACCACAGACAUCUUCCCCGGUCACAACUCGCGUCACACCACACCGCAUGUUGAGCGCAAAAGCCGUCGCAAUAUGGCGACGAACACACGACCCAUUGACCCAGCCGUGGUGACACUCAGCGAAAGUGAACGCGGCGAUGAAAGUGAAAACGAAAGAAAUGUGCGACGCCGACGCCAAUUGGCCGACAGCCAGUCCGACAGUUGCUACGAUGAUGAUGAGCCACAGCGGCUGUGUGGCUUGAAGCGGGGCAUACGAAAGACUAAAGAUGAACUCUUUCAGGAGUUUUGCAAACGCGCUGGCAUGCGUCCAAAGCCGAAAAACAUUUACUUCAUUGCCAGCGAGGAAGAUACGGUGGCGACAUCUGACGAUGAGGCACAACAACGUCGUCACUAUAAAGCCACAAGUCAACUUGGUAAUGGACAUCAUAAUGGCGGUGGUGGACGCAGGGAUUUUGGCAGAAAGAAUUGCGAAGUAGAUGAUGAGCAACAAAAUGCGAGGGAAGCAGAUGAGGAUGAUGAAGGGGAGGGUGGAUUUUCGCAGUUACAGGACGAGGAUGAGCACAUCUAUGUGAUUCAAGAUAAUCCACAGUAUGUGACCAAUCCAACAUAUCGCAACCUGCGUCGCUCCUCCAUGUUUGUCGAGCCAGCGCAUCUGCGCAAACUUAACUCUAAUCUUUCACUGGCCGCAUUAUAUCAACCCGAAAAGCCCGCACAGAAGAGCGCAUUCGCAGGGGACCGUAGCGACUCGGCAAUGGAAAUCUGGCCACCACCGCCCAGUUUUAGCAGCGGUGAACCCUAUUUCGCGGCUGCCAAAAGUGCCUACUACGGUUCACAAAACCGUCUACACCAGGAUUACCAGCCGAACGUCCAAAUAUAUCAGAGUCGCACAUUGCCGCGAUCCUUUCUGAAAAGUCACACGAACUCGCAGAACAGCUUGGGCUCGGGCUCGCUACACGCAAGCGCUACGGCAUUACACAGCAACUAUAGCAGCAGUCAGAAUCGCUUAACAAAUUUGAUGCUGCAACAGCAACAUCAACAACAACAGCAACAACAACUACAGCAGCAAAAUCUUUAUCUAUCGCAAUCACAGGCCGCCGGCAUCUAUAACUCAGCCUUUGCCUUGCAUAAAUCCAGCGAAGACCUUAGCGCGGCACGCAGCACCAACAACUAUGGCGAACGACGUCAGCAAAGGCCACAGAGCUCAAGCAACAACAAUGAUGGAAGACUUCAACAACCAACCGUGCAUUGGCCUGCCGCCAUACCGUCCUCACCAUCCGGCUACGCACCCAACUAUCAGCAAAUCCAGCAAUUGGGCGCACCGCCCGCACGUUCCCACCAUCCAACGGCACCACCCCAUUUGGCGCAUGCCCUUUUAACGCGCUCCUUCAGCAGUAACACCAGCGGCGGCGCUGACAGCGGCAUUGGCAGUGGUGGCGGGAGCAGCAGUGUGGUCAGCGUACCGCCGAAAUUUCAACGCGCCUACGCAUUCGAUGAGCAGCGUCGACCCAGCGCUUUAUUGGGCGAAACAUUUGACCCCGAGGAGCUCGAGCGUGAAAGACGGCGUUCACAUGCUAGUGUCUAUAGCGGCAUAUCAAUGAUGGGUGGACAAAAUGGCAGCAACGGCAUCAAUAACAACAACAACAGUGCUGACCACUACGACUUGAUUAAUGGCACGGCCGUUUGAGAGGGAGUUUACUGGCAUACCGCUAGCCGGCAACAGCCAGAAUGCGCUUUGUUGAAUUGGCUGCCAGCGAAAGUAUCAAUGGAAUGGCAAUAGCCGCAAGCGGUGCUUUGUCGUGUAUGGCAUAAAGCGGAAAUUGAUGAUUGUCGAUUACCAAAUGGUUGUUACGUCCGCCCUAACCCUAUCACCCCCCCAAACAUAACGGGCCAAAUGGUCCGCUUAGUGUAAUUAAAAAUGAAACUUAGGAAAACAUUGUUGCACUGCCAGAUUAGAAUAUGUAGAUGGAGCAUUCGAGAGGUGCCGACAAGAGAUGGCGAAAACGUUUGCCAUUUGAGCUUCGGUUUAGGGGACUGUAGAGAAUUUAUGGUUAACAAGAUUUAGUAACUAAGAAACUGCACUGAUUUAAAGGAAUGUAUUGUAAUUUGUAUGUUGUGCACCAAAUUAGAAUAAA